AUGGCGCUGGUGGCGCCGCCGCUGGGCGCGGGCUCGGCGUGGCGCGACCCCGCGUCCGGCGUCGUGCUGCACCACCCGGCCGCCGCCCCGGCGCCCGCGCCGCCCCCGCCCGCCCCCGAUGAGUUGGUGCUCAGCUCGACGCCCGGCUCCGCGUCGGCCAGCUCCGGGGGCGGCGGCGGCGGCUCGCAGAUCGUCGUCGGCUCCUCGCAGAGCGGUACCGGGUCCAACUCCUCGGACAAGGGCCAGAACAUCGAGUGCGUCGUCUGCGGCGACAAGUCCAGCGGCAAGCACUACGGCCAGUUCACGUGCGAAGCCGUGCAGCGGGGGCGGGUGCCGCCCACGCAGCCCCCGGGGCUGCCGGGCCAGCUGGCGCUGACCAACGGCGACGCGGCCGCGGCGGCGGCGGCGGCGGCGGGCUUCAACGGCCACUCCUACCUGUCCAGCUACAUCUCGCUGCUGCUGCGCGCCGAGCCCUACCCCACGUCGCGCUACGGCCAGUGCAUGCAGCCCAACAACAUCAUGGGCAUCGACAACAUCUGCGAACUCGCCGCCCGCCUCCUCUUCUCCGCCGUCGAGUGGGCGCGGAACAUACCCUUCUUCCCCGAUCUCCAGGUGACGGACCAGGUGGCGCUGCUGCGGCUCGUGUGGAGCGAGCUGUUCGUCCUGAACGCGUCGCAGUGCUCGAUGCCGCUGCACGUGGCGCCGCUGCUGGCCGCCGCCGGCCUGCACGCAUCCCCCAUGGCGGCCGACCGCGUCGUCGCCUUCAUGGACCACAUACGAAUCUUCCAGGAGCAGGUCGAGAAGCUCAAGGCGCUGCACGUCGACUCCGCCGAAUACUCCUGCCUCAAGGCCAUCGUCCUCUUCACCACAGACGCGUGUGGCCUGUCGGACGUGGCGCACAUCGAGGGCCUGCAGGAGAAGUCGCAGUGCGCGCUCGAGGAGUACUGCCGCACGCAGUACCCCAACCAGCCGACGCGCUUCGGCAAGCUGCUGUUGCGGCUUCCCUCGCUGCGGACAGUCAGCUCGCAGGUGAUCGAGCAGCUGUUCUUCGUGCGGCUGGUGGGCAAGACGCCCAUCGAGACGCUGAUACGGGACAUGCUGCUGAGCGGCAGCAGCUUCAGCUGGCCCUACAUGUCCACCAUGUGACACAGCGUCUGGCGGCAGCUGGCCUCGGCCUAGCCCCCCUGCUGCUGGCGCUGAGAUCACGCUGAGGAGCCGACGGAAGCCGGCGGACCGGCCGCCCGUGCUGACGUCACUGGGGACCCGCCGCGCGCGCUCAGACCGAGCGUCCACCGCCGGUGCCGGGACGCUGGGUGCGCUGGAGGGACGCCGUCGUGGCAUCGCUGUGGCCUCUGUGGCUCAGUGUGGGGACGCAGUAAGCUCGCGAGCUGUAGCCGUGACUAACCGGUGGUCUAGCUUCCAGUAUCCUUCCGUAAGGACGACAUCAGCAACUGCUGUAACUACUGUUCUAGUGAUCAUCCCAAUUACUGGCAACUCAUUGGUUCCUAUACUUGUCCGUACACCAAAGCGUGAUCUCCCCUUCUUCUCUGUGAAUUUAAAAGUAAUGCUUUGAAAAAGACAUUCUUCAAUUAUCGUUUCCAUUACUACCGCAACAUUUUCCACAAUGUAGCUAACAAAAUCUUUUUAAAUGUCUCAUACCUUAGUCAUCUGUUUACGUUGAUAUAGUAUUUUAUUGACUGCACUAUCAAUUUGUUCUCCUACUCUAAGAGAAUAAGUAGCAUUACUGCGGAAGAUAUAUUUUGGGUUGUUCGGCAGAACUGACUAUUUCUGUUUCUCUUUCAUUUAUACGUUCUUUCAACUGUCAACCUAGUUGUCUUCGUCUGGUGCUGCGAGCGAUGAUCUCAGGUGUGCUCACUGUUCCUCUCACUUGUAUUUUUCUGGUCGGAGUGCAAGCGGCAGCACCUCACGAAGGCCACCAGCUCGGCCGUCGAAAUAUGCUUAGAAAAAUAGAAUUGUUAACCCCCGGGAAUGUAUCUUCCGUCUACUAAAUCGUGCCAGUCUAGAGACAACAUUGUAUCGGAUGUUCUGACAUUAAAUAUAGCUACAUGUCACCUAUUUUUGAUACCCAUCUCUGUAAUGUUAUUUGGUAGUGCAUCGCAUAAAAUGAAACACAAACAUUUGUUAACAAAGUAAUUCAGAUUCCUUUCACUAUUGCCUUUUGUUGGAUCAUGCUGGUGUCCGAGUCGGUGAAAUUCAUUUUCGGUUUAAGUUUGCAGGCAAUGUGUUCUUAAGUUCAUAGAGUGAAUGCCUCCUAAGUACAAAAUAAUUAGCGCGUACUUAAAAGAAGCAACAGCAAGUUUUUUUUUUUUUUU